UCUCCUUUGUUUCUCUUUUUUUCCGCUGCUACUGUCUGUAAUCAUUGCCUCUCUUCUUCUCCGUCUCAUUUCCUCUCUCCCACUCUCAACAGGGCUACACCAUAUCCAGCUUAGUGAGCGGGUGGUGGUGGGAAAGGAUGGCAACUUGUACUUUGCCUAUUUGACAACAGAAGACAGCAGGCAGGACUACACCUGCAAUGUCCAGUACCUGGCAACGCGCACCAUUCUGGCAAAGGAACCCAUUACUCUCACUGUCAACCCCUCCAACUCUGUGCUGCGGAACAGGAGGCCGCACAUGAUGAGACCUACUGGAAGUCAAAGCGUUUACCAUGCUCUCAGGGGCCAGACAGUGGAGCUUGAGUGCAUCGUCCAAGGCCUACCAACUCCAAAAGUGUCAUGGCUGAGGAAGGACGGCGAGCUAUCUGAAUCCCGCACCGUAAAAGACAUGCACGAUCGCCGCCUUCGCUUCAGUAACAUCUCUGAGAGUGAUGGGGGCGAGUACCAGUGCAUAGCUGAGAACUCCCAAGGGAAAGUCACACACACUUACAUUGUGACUGUGGAAGCGGCUCCCUACUGGACUAAGGAGCCUGUCAGUCAGCUGUAUGCCCCAGGUGAGACUGUCAGAUUAGACUGCCAGGCAGAUGGCAUCCCCUCUCCUACCAUCAGGUGGACCAACAAUGGGAACCCUCUCUUGGGUCAGUGUGUAGAACCCCGCCCCAGAUCCUAACUGAGGAUGGGAAUGCAUACACAUUUACAGAAGGCCAGAAGGCUUUACUGGAGUGUGACACCUUUGGCUCUCCUAAACCUAAAGUCAUUUGGUAAGGCACGAAA